GCAAUGCGGAAGUGAUGAAAAUCAUAUGGAAAAUUUUUAUUAUUAUUUAGGAUAAAGUUGCUUUCUUUUAAGUGUACGAAGAAAUGUUAAGAAGGGUAGCGUGUGCCAUAUCUGGAGGUGUUGAUAGCGCAGUAUCAGCACUAUUGAUGAAGCAGAAAGGAUAUGACGUUGUUGGUGUUUUUAUGAAAAAUUGGGACUUACUUAAUGAACAUGGUAACUGCACACUUGACAAAGACAGAGAUGAUGCUAUUGAUGUAUGUGGCAAACUUGGCAUUCCUUUCCAUGAAGUCAGCUUUGUAAAGGAGUACUGGAAUGAUGUCUUUGUACCUAUGUUAGGUGAAUAUGAGAAUGGGCAAACCCCGAAUCCAGAUGUGAUGUGCAAUCGCCACAUUAAAUUUGAUGCUUUGGUCAACUAUGCUGUGAACACACUCGGAGUAGAUUCUGUUGCAACAGGACAUUACGCUCGCAUAUCUGGUGGAAAUGAUCUCUCAAAAUGGAACCCCCAUGAAGAAAGAAAACUGUUAAAAGCAUCUGAUACAUGGAAGGACCAAACAUUGUUCUUGAGUCGUAUACAACAAGCUGGUUUGAGGAGAGCUAUAUUUCCUAUAGGGGGUCUUCAAAAAACAAAGGUCAAGGACAUCGCACGAGGAACUGGCCUUGAGAGAAUUGCAAACAAAAAAGAGAGUGUUGGAAUAUGUUUCAUUGAGCAAAAGAAGUUCCAUUCAUUUAUUGAACAGUAUAUAGAGCCGAAGAACGGUCAAUUCAUCUGUGUGGAGACUGGAAAAGUGAUUGGGGAGCAUAAAGGUACACAUUACUGGACAGUAGGACAAUGUGCAAAGAUCGGUGGCUAUAAUGUCAAAUAUUUCAUUGUCCAUAUAGAUCCAGAGAGCCAAAAUAUUACAGUAGCUGCUGGGACCCAUCACCCUGCUUUGUUCAGUACUUCACUAUCCACAGAGCUACCUCAUUGGAUAAGCCAACCACCAUGUGACUUUACUAGCCAAUCAGACUCAACUUCCUUCAAGUGCCAAUUUCGCUUUCAACACAUUCAUCCAAUCAUUGACUGUCAAGUGCAUCACCAUGGGAACAGACUGGAUGUUGACCUGAACUUUCCACUUAGAGCUUUAACAAGUGGCCAAUAUGCAGUGUUUUACAAUGACUUAGAAUGCCUUGGAAGUGCCAAAAUCUUACACCCUGGGCCUUCAUUGUAUGAUAUGGACCAUAGAGAACCAGUUAAUAUCCCAAAGGCAUUUUCUUGA